AUGAAGGCCACUAGCGCAACGGUGGCUUUCCUAGCCAUGACUGCUGUCCAAGCAGCCAAGCACGCCCAUGACCAUGGCCACCACCGCAGCCAUCGCUCGGUGGAUGCCCCCGUGGUGAAGAAGAGCUCCUCGUGCCAGUUCCCCUCCGGGGCUGGCUUGAUCCCUAUCACUCCCCACGAGGUCAAUGGUGGAUGGGCUAUGAGCCCUGACCAGGAGUGUAAGCCUGGCGGAUACUGCCCGUAUGCUUGUCCGGCUGGUCAGGUCUCUAUGCAGUGGGACCCUGAGGCUACUUCGUACACCUACCCCAUGUCCAUGAAUGGUGGACUGUACUGCGACGAGAACGGCGAGAUUCAGAAGCCCUUCCCGGACCGUCCCUACUGCAAGGACGGCACCGGCGUCGUCAGCGCGAAGAACAAGUGCAAGGAGCAGGUGUCUUUCUGCCAGACGGUUCUUCCUGGCAAUGAGGCCAUGUUGAUUCCCACGCUUGUUGAGGAAUUGGCUACCCUGGCUGUUCCGGAUCUGAGUUACUGGUGUGAGACUGCGGCGCACUUCUAUAUCAACCCUCCCGGAUACAACACCGAGACGGCCUGUGUCUGGGGUACCUCCGCUAACCCCUACGGCAACUGGUCCCCGUAUGUUGCCGGUGCCAACACCGACGGCGACGGCAACACCUAUGUGAAGCUCGGAUGGAACCCGAUUUACCUGGAACCGACCACCCCGUUCCGCAACGAAGUCCCUGAAUUCGGUGUCGAGAUCGAGUGCGAGGGCGGCGGCUGCAAUGGUCUGCCCUGCAAGAUCGACCCGUCCGUCAAUGGCGUGAACGAGAUGACUGGCGACAGCUCGGUGGGUGCAGGCGGUGCCACCUUCUGUGUGGUGACAGUGCCCAAGGGCGGCAAGGCCAAUGUCGUUGUCUUCGACAAGGAAGGUGACUCGGCCAGCGUGCCGGUGUCUAGCAGCAGUGUUAGCAGCGUCGUCGUCAGCAGCAGCGCUAGCUCCAGCUCCAGCUCCACCUCGACCAGCAGCAUCGUCCCUACUACCAGCAGCACGUCGACGGUUAUCAGCUCCAGCUCCAGCACUACCAGCAGCACCCCGACCCCGACCCCGUCCAGCACUACUACCUCCAGCUCCACGCUCAGCUCCAGCUCCACCAUCAGCACCACCAGCUCCAGCAGCAUCACCCCCCGGCCUACCCCCAGCUGGACGCCCUCAUCCAGCUGGAAGAUCAGCUCGAGCGCAGCACUGAACUGGACCGUGUCGGCUAGCUACACGUACAAGCCACACGCCAUGGUGGAGACAGGCUCCUCGCAUGCGAAUCCUGUCGCUGCUGCUGCUGUUGCCAGUGGUUCCAGCCAGUCAUCUGGAACUGCUCAAGCAACACAGUCGGCAGCUGUGACAGAUGGUGCUGCUGUUGGCAGUGCUGUGUCCAAGCUCAGUCUGAUUGUGGCGGUCCUUGGAGCGAUUGUAAUGGUCUAG